UGUGUGCGUGUCCAAUGUGCCCGACCCAGUAAAAUGACUGUGGUGUCCAUUCAGGUCUUGCUGAAUCCUUUUGUUUUUCAACAGGAAAAGAGAAAAACGCUUUCCCCCCUCUCUCUCUCCUCUAUUUCACCCAUGCACAUCCUCCUCGCGUGGUUCUGGUGACAGAGUCACGGUUUCCCGGUUCCACAGCAAGCGCACCUGAGUUUGUCCCAUUCAACUCACAUACUUUUUUAACUUUCCUCCUUUCUCUCUCUCCCUGCACUCAUCAACACCUCAAACACGCGACGUUUGUAGUAAAAUAAUCAUCGGUUAAACCUUCGCAGGACUGGAGAACUGGAAAUGAAGAGAGAUUUGACGUGUUUCUGUCGGAUUUGGGUUGGGAUCGUUGCUGCUUCAGGUCUGGUGAUUGGCUACUCUAUGACUCCGCCCACCAUUGACAGCCACAAAGAAGACCUGGUGAUCCACGCAGAUGAAACACUGUCCAUCACAUGCAGGGGUCAGCGUACUCUGUCCUGGGUGUGGCCUGAGACGACCCUGGUGGGAGAGGAGCUGACUGACCGUCAGGCCGGACCCAGGCCCAGCAGAGCCCCAGGGAGAGAGGCCGAGACUGGGUCUGGAACCCCUGUUUGUACCCCCGGGGCUGGAGUUGUGGGAGACCACCCCGUGGCCGCGGAGCGGACUGGUACGCCUGCUUCGGUCCCUGUCCAGAGAAGGGGAGUCAGCAUCCUGGAGUGUCCAGGGGAGCCUGGAAGGCCGUAUUGCAAGACCCUGGUCCUCACUGGAGCUAAAGGGAAUGAUACAGGGUACUACCGCUGUUACUACAGAGAUGUCAAGGCCGUCAUCGACGGGACCACGGCUGCUACUCUAUAUGUGUUUGUCAGAGAUUUGGAGCAGCCUUUCCUCAGGAGAAACAGAGGGAGCAACGGGGACCUGGAGACCAUCUUCAUAUCAAGAUCCUCCACUCACGUCACAGUACCUUGUCUGGUCACUGUGCCCGACCUCAACGUCACACUUUAUCUGUGGGAGACGAUACCUAUGCUCCUGGAGGAUGAGGGGAUGGUGUGGGACAGUAAAAGAGGCUGGUCCAUCCCUAGACAAACCUUAGACUCCAGACCUUUUCUCAUUGGGAUUUACUGCGAAGCUACACGACAAGGGAGACACUACCGCUCUACUCUCUACCUGGUGCAGUCCACAGGAAGUCAGGUUUACGACUUCAAGCUCUAUCCAGAGGACUCGGUGGAGCUGUUCGUGGAGGAAGCCCUGACGCUCAACUGUACCGCCACAGUGGAGUUUAACACCCUGGUCGAGUUCCAGUGGUCCUAUCCUGGAAAACAGAUGAACAGUACAGUGGUCAUAGUGCACAAGCGUAAUUCUCUCUCUCGGUUCACGGAGGCCGUCAGCAUCCUGACCAUCCAAAGCGUCAACGUCACCGACACCGGCACUUACACCUGCUCUGCCAUCAGCGUGGACAAAAAAAUGGAUCUGGAAACACAAGUCACAGUGUAUGAGAAACCAUUCAUCAGCCUAGACUACAUGAGCGGCCCGGUCGUCGAGGCAACGUCAGGACAGAAGUCUUUUAAACUGUUAGUCAAGGUGUCAGCAUACCCCAGACCUGACAUACAGUGGUAUAAAGGUGAUAAGUUGAUCAGCCGUCGUCCAGAGUUCAACAGGAUGCGUCUCCAUCAGCACUUUAACUUAGAGAUCAGAGACGUUCACCCUGAGGAUGCUGGGAACUACACCGUCCUCCUCAAGAACACCGCGGCCUUGCUGGAGAGGAGAAUCACCAUCACACUCAUCAUCAACGUUCCCCCUCAGAUCCAUGAGAAGGAAAUAGCGACACCCUCUAACCCGUAUAGCCGUGGCAGCAGACAGACCCUCAUCUGUACAGGGUACGGACUCCCCGCCCCCAACAUCACCUGGCAGUGGAGGGCAUGGAGCCCCUGUGGCCUCAACAGCACCCAACGCCUGGAAGACAAACACCCACACCUGAGUCGGAGGGAUCGUAAAGGGCGUAGCGACAGCGUCUCAGACUGUCAGAACUGGCAGGACCUGGACUCACAGAACACCGUUAAUGAAAUAGAAAACAUCCAGACGUCAGUCGAAGUGGUGGACGGGAGGCAGAAGAUAGUCAGCAGACUGGUGAUCCAGAACGCCAGUGUAUCAGUCAUGUAUAAAUGUUCUGCUAACAACAAAGUGGGUAAAGACCAGAAGCUGAUAUACUUCUAUGUGACCACUAUCCCAGAAGGGUUCAGUGUAGAGCUGGGUCCGGCUGAGGAACCUCUGGAGCAGGAGGAGGUGGCGCUAAGCUGCAUCGCUGACAACUACACCUACGAACAGCUCACCUGGUACAGACUGGACCCGCAGGCGCUGCAGGAUGAGCGUGGUAAACCCCUGGAGCUGGACUGUCGUAGUGUCCACCUGUACGCUGACCGCCUGGAUGGACAACUGACCUAUCAGGAGCAGUCUAACAGCUGGGUCCUGGAGAUGACUAUAGCGAGCAUCACGCUACAGGAUGAAGGGAACUAUGUCUGUGAGGUUCAGAAUAGGAGGAGCCGAGAGAAACACUGUCUACGCAAAUACAUAUCGGUUAAAGCUCUAGAAGCCCCCUGGUACAGACACAACCCAGCCAAUCUAACAUUGAACGUCAGUGAGUCUCUCCUGAUGGAGUGUGAUGUAGUGGGAACUCCUUCACCACACCUCUCCUGGUUCAAAGACAACCAGCCCCUGCACCAAAUGUCAGGACUGCAGCUACAGGACGCCAACAGGACGUUGAGUAUCCAGCGAGUCAGAGAAGAGGACGCCGGUCUCUACACCUGCACCGCCUGUAAUCAGAGGGGCUGCGCACACUCCUCCGCUGCUGUCACAGUGCUGGGUUCUAGUGACAGGGCUAACUUGGAGAUCAUGAUUCUGAUCGGGACGGGUGUCAUCGCUGUGUUCUUCUGGGCUCUACUCCUUCUCAUCUUCUGCAACGUCAAACGGGUGAACCCAGCAGAUAUAAAGACAGGCUAUCUAUCCAUCAUAAUGGACCCAGGGGAGGUUCCUCUGGGUGAGCAGUUUGAAUACCUCCCCUACGACUCCUCCCAGUGGGAGAUAUCUAUGGACAAACUACAACUAGGGAAGGUGUUGGGUCAUGGAGCGUUUGGGAAGGUCAUCGAGGCCUCCAUCUUUGGCAUCCGCCAGAACAGCAGCCUGGACACUGUGGCGGUGAAGAUGCUGAAAGAGGGAGCGUGUGCCAGUGACCACAAGGCUCUGAUGUCAGAGCUGAAGAUCCUGAUCCACAUUGGGAAUCAUCUUAACGUGGUCAACCUCCUGGGGGCAUGCACCAAACCCAGCGCCCCCCUCAUGGUGGUAGUGGAGUACUGCAAGUAUGGGAACCUGUCCAACUACCUGAGAGCCAAGAGAGAGUUCUUCCUACCUUACAGGGACCGCUCCCCUAAGACUCAGAGCCAGGUGAGACGCAUGAUAGAGGCGGGACAAGUGGAGCAGAGAGCCCGCCUCCCACCUUCCCCGUCCUCCUCCUCUAUUGGCAGCUUCCAGAAUCAGUCACCCAGCAAGUCCAAUCAGAAGAGCCACACUCCUGCUGUGGAGAAAAUGGAAGACCUAUGGAAGACUCCUCUCACUAUAGAAGAUCUGAUUUGUUAUAGUUUCCAGGUGGCCAGGGGAAUGGAGUUCCUGGCCUCACGAAAGGUAUUUCCCCAGCAUCCACACACCCAUCGUCCCAGAAGACUUCUCCUUAAAACCCCAUCGUCCCAGAAGACUUCUCCUUAAAACCCCAUCGUCCCAGAAGACUUCUCCUUAAAAACCCAUCGUCCCAGAAGACUUCUCCUUAAAACCCCAUCGUCCCAGAAGACUUCUCCUUAAAACCCCAUCGUCCCAGAAGACUUCUCCUUAAAAACCCAUCGUCCCAGAAGACUUCUCCUUAAAAACCCAUCGUCCUAGAAGACUUCUCCUUAAAACCCAUCGUCCCAGAAGAUUUCUCCUUAAAACCCCAUCGUCCCAGAAGACUUCUCCUUAAAACCCCAUCGUCCCAGAAGACUUCUCCUUAAAACCCCAUCGUCCCAGUAGACUUCUCCUUAAAACCCCAUCGUCCUAGAAGAUUUCUCCUUAAAACCCCAUCGUCCCAGAAGACUUCUCCUUAAA